AAGGGACGGAGAAGGAUAGUCGUGGAAACGUGUCAGAACCGGUGUUGCCCCAGGCCAGGCGGCCUGACCGCUGGUCUUGGGACCCGGAUGAGGAGCGAAAGCGUCAGCAAAGGUGGCAGCAAGAGCAGGAGCGCAUGCUGCAGGAGAAGUACCGGCGCGAGCAGGAGAAGCUGAAGGAGGAGUGGGAGAGAGCACAGAGAGAGGUGGCGGAGGAGGAGAGGAAGUAUCACGAGGAGCCCUGCCCUCCCCCAGCCGAGGCGAGGUCUCCUUCACCCCGGCCCCCCCAGGACACCAUCGUCCGCUCGCUGGCCGACUGGGAACGCAAGCAGGAGCUGCUGGAGAGGCAGUCGAAGGGGAGCACAGAGAGUGUGGAGUGGAAAAGGAGAGAAAACGACAGGACCAGUGACAUCAGCACUGCAGAUGACAGCAUGAAAACAGCCAGAAGCUCGGUGAGUCAGAGCGUCAGUCAAGCAGAAACGUUCUCUCACAGUUUGCAGAACGGACAAAAGCUUCCCCAGGCGGCGACCAAAACCUCGACUCCGGUGAAGAAGCAACAGCAGGCCACAGCGGACAGCAGCAAGCCCGGCCGGCCAGCAGGAGACAGGAGGAUCGGUUCCAUUGAUAAUAACUCGGGACGCAGCGCAUCAAAAGCCCCCGCACCAUGUCCACCACCUCCAGACACACUGCCUCCAGCACCCAACAGGUCUGUGAGUGGGAAGAAGCUUUGCUCCAGCUGCGGGCAGCCGUUAGGAAAAGGAGCGGCCAUGAUCAUAGAGACACUCAGCCUCUUCUUCCACAUUCAAUGCUUUAAGUGUGGGGUGUGUAAAGGACAGUUAGGUGACACGACCACGGGGACAGACGUCCGGAUCAGAAACGGCCUCCUCAACUGCCACCAGUGCUACAUCCGCUCCCGCUCGGCCGGACAGCCAACCACGUUGUGACGCUCGACAGAAAAGCACAAGGUUCACAGAAGAAACCCCCUCCCCCCCCCCGCCCCUCAUCUCUUUUUAAACCGAUUAUCUGCAAAUCAUGUCCUUCACAGCGUGUCGGGAUCUUUGCAUCCUCUGCAAUUCAAUAACCAAUGAAGAUUCAUCAUGGUGGGGGGUGGUGGAGGGGGGGGGACAGUCUUAAGAAAAAAAAAAACAUCUCUUCUUCGUGUUUAUGUCAUCCGAGACGUGAGUGAAAUCUGGAUUUGAUUGGUCGGAGCAAACGCCACAGGCUCUGUUUCAUCAUGCAGCAACAGAGAGAGAGAGAGACAUAGAGAGAGAGAGACAGAGAGAGAGAGAGAGAGAGAGAGAGAGAGAGGGAGGGAGGGACGCUGUUCUGGGGUGGCGGCCAUGUUGAGAA